UCCCCAAAACCAAAGAGGUGGAAGAGUGAUGAGAUGAGAGGAGUCCCCCCCACUCUCAGUUACUCUCACAGCUCCUCAUUCAUCACCACUGUCAGUCGUCUGCACCGCCGAUUUCGUCCAACGGUCGUCCACUCUCAGCUGCAUAAAUGUCAAUCCUUAGAAGAACACUACCAGAGGAAAGCCAAAAAAUACUGGGACAGCUUCUACAAACGCCACCAAAACAAGUUCUUCAAGGAUAGACAUUACUUGGAGAAAGACUGGGGCCAUUACUUCUCUGAUGAACCUAAGGUUGUUUUGGAGGUUGGUUGUGGAGCUGGGAAUACAAUCUUUCCUCUUGUUACUGCAUAUCCCAAGCUUUAUUUUCAUGCUUGUGAUAUCUCACCUCAAGCCAUUGAGCUUGUUAAGUCACAUGCAGAGUUCAGACAAGAUCGGGUAAAUGCCUUUGUCUGCAAUGUAAUAGAUGACAAUCUAUCUGAAAAUAUUAAUCCUUCUUCAGUUGAUGUUGUUACUUUGAUUUUUAUGUUGUCUGCAGUUUCUCCCAAGAAGAUGUCUUUAAUAUUACAGAAUAUUAAAUCAGUAUUAAAGCCAAAUGGUUAUGUUCUCUUACGAGAUUAUGCUGUUGGAGAUUUUGCUCAAGUAAAGCUUCAAGACAGAAAUCAGAUGAUUGGUGACGAUUUCUAUGUCCGAGGUGAUGGUACUUGCUCAUUUUACUUCUCUGAGGAUUUCCUGUCAACCCUGUUUCUUGAAGCUGGCUUCAACACCAUAGAUAUCAGUGUAUACUGCAAACAAAUUAAGAAUCGUUCUCGGGAUAUAGCAAUGGAUCGGCGUUGGAUAAGAGCCAUAUUUAACAAGUUCAACAGCAAUGCUCCAGAUUCUGCUCUUAGUUAAGAAGCUAGAUGAUGAUGUAAUGAUUCGUAUGUCAAUUGAUCCAGUAAUCCUCCAAUUCAAGAACUGUGCUUUCCUGGUUUAGAUACAAGAGAUCUGUUUUGGGGUUAGACAUGAACACUUCAUGCGCUGCAAAUUUGUUUCUUCCCUAUUUUUGGACGUGAAACUUAUAGGUACAUUAUUGGCCUAGCUAUUCUCAAAUUUGAUUUUCUACCAUGGGCAGAGGACUCUUACGCUAGUGUUAAAUUCAAACAAGUUCCGACAAUCAAACUCAAGUGCAAACAAAUGCUUGAGAUUUGAGAACCUGAGAAAUUCAUGGAAAAAAGCUGUAUAUUUUGUCCAGUGCAAAAUAUAUCUUUAGGUUGUCUUGGUUUCCAACUGGGUUCUGAUGAGGUGGAAGAGUUCUGGCUUUUCUGGUACCUGUACCGCAUCCCAUUAUUCUGGUCAUGGAUCUCAGCAGUUUCCAUCCCUUUCGCUUAUUGAUCUACGUUGAAUUUCGAUUUCCACAUUAGGAUUGUUUCUCAUUCCUUCCUGAUGUUAAUACGUAUAAUUAAGAGCAUACAUCAGGAAAUUUUUGAGGAAUUUUGGAAGGUCUAGUAGAAAACAUUUGGUGAAUCACUUAGGGAAUAAAAGAUUAAUCAACUCUAUCUAAGUCUCUAUCACUAUCCACCGAGAGAUGCUUACCACAGUAAGAUCAUAUCUAGAGCAAAAUUUCAAAAACCUGUGGCUCAGUUUUCUUCUCUGAUAGCACUGCCCAAAAAAAAAAAAAAAAAAGGAAACGAAAGAGAGAGGUGGGACUGGGGCAAAAAUUGAAGAAUUUUAUUGUGAUUGGCUCAUUUGGGGUCAAGAUUCAGAAUGGUUAUUGUUAUACAUUUUCAGUUCAGUUCUCCUUUGUUAUUUUGAAAAAAUUUAAUAGGAUUCAAAUGAGUAUAUGUGUAGAUUUGCAAGUUAUGGCAUUAAUUUCAGUAACAACUAACCUGAUUUGCUUUUGCUAUUUCUGGAA